AUGACUCAGCAAACACCAGUUCCCCCGCCGGUGUACGGCCAACCAGCCCCUGCUCCUGCACCACCACCAACUGCAACCCCAUCAGCCGCUGCGACAACAUCAGCUGCGGGAGGAGCUAUGUCUAACCAGAAUCUGAAUCAAAUAGUGACAGAUUAUUUGCUGAAGCGCGGCUUCAACCGUACCGAAGAGGUCUUUCGCCAAGAGUCUAAGCAUCUCGGAUCGGAUGGAAAGCCUAUUCACCAGCCUGCGUUUGUUGGGCCCAAGAAAUACGGAAAGGCGUACAGACUUCUCAAGGCUUGGGUUUUCAACAACCUCGAUAUAUACAAGUUUGAACUAUCCAAGCUGCUAUGGCCAGUAUUUGUAUAUUCGUACAUCGCCCUAGUUGAGAACGGGUAUACCGAGGACGCCAAGAUUUACCUCAAGGACAUGGGCCCUCAGUUCCAAACAGCCCAUGCUGACGACCUCAAGACAUUUGCGACCGUCACUCUACCAGCACAUACUGCGGAUAACCCCAUUAUUCAGCUUUACAAGAACAACAAAUAUCGUAUCCCGCUGAAUCAACAUGCAACUGGGGACUUGUUCAACUUCCUCGAGCGCGAGUCUGAACAUGGGGGCACAGUUAUUCGUCAUAUACUGGUCAACCACUGUCAGAUUGACUCGACACAGCGCGGUCCCAUCACCCCAUUCAGCUUUGAGUCCGUUUUCCGACGCGCCAAAAAUAUGGAUAUGGAAGACAUCGACACAAGGGAAGGUGUACCUGGCAUCAAAUUGGGGCUCUCAAAUAAGGAUGUUCUUGAUCCUGCCGCUCCUCUACAACUAGGCCCGCUCCCCAUGGACGCCGACUUGCGCGACGAUUUGCGUGCCGAACUCGAGGAUGAGGAGAAGCGCAAUCCUCCACCGGCGGGUACUACAACGCUUCUGGAAGAAUUCGACCAAAAGAUCAAACGGGAGGACAGUGCUGACGCCCCAAACCGAGCCGAUCUUCCUCUACCCCCGUCAAGACCACGAGAUAUUAUGCUUGAGAUGCAGAAGCUCCGCGAAAACAGAGAUCGCUUCAAGAUUGAAGGACGUACCGGAGGCGUUGGAGUCGCUGUCAGUGCCUGCAUGUUUACAUUUCACAAUACCCUGGGCAGUGUCGCCUGUAUGGACUUUUCCGAUGACGGACAGCUCGUUGCUGCCGGCACGUCUGAAUCAUACAUUAGAGUCUGGUCACUGGACGGCAAGGCCCUGUCAUCGAUGAACGCACACGAAAAGGACUCCAAGUUCAACAGCAGAAAACUGAUUGGUCACUCUGGACCUGUCUAUGAUGUAUCAUUCUCGGACUCGGCCGCCGGCGCACCCCAGCGACUUUUUGGAGAUGAGGCUCAUCCAGGUGCCAGGAUUGACACUAAGCCCAAGCUAUUGCUGUCAUGCUCUGCGGAUAGUCAAAUUAGACUCUGGUCUCUUGAAUCAUGGUCCUGCCUCGCUGUAUACAAGUCUCACGACGGUCCAGUGUUUCGAUCGCAGUGGGGUCCUCACGGGCACUACUUCCUGAGCGGUGGCUAUGACAAGACUCUCCGACUCUGGAUGCAAGAUCAUGCGUCGCCCCAGCGCUUGUUUGUUGGUCACGAUACAUCUCUUUCUGCCUUGGCCUGGCACCCCAAUGGCAUGUACGCAUUCUCCGCGUCCGACGAAACCGACAAGUCCAUCCGCAUGUGGUCCAUCGUUACUGGUGGCUGCGUACGUGUUUUCUCCGGCCACACCGAUUAUAUCAGUGCUUUGGAAUGCGCACCCAAUGGCAAGAUACUGGCCAGCGCUGACAUUGCCGGCAACAUCUUUUUCUGGGACAUCACCAAGGGCACACGCAUUAAGCGCUCCCGCGGGCACGGAAAGGGCGGCAUCUGGUCUCUGAGCUUUAGCGUCGAGUCCACUGUGCUCGCCUCUGGUGGACAAGACGGGACAGUUCGCCUGUGGGAUGUGGAAUCGCCUGCCGAUCCUCAUAAGGCGGCGCAGCAGGCCGGCCUGGACGCCGGUACGCUGGCGGGCGCAGAUACUCUCAAUGCCGGUGCGCAGGACGCUUCACGAGCGGCGGGGGCGUCUCAGCAAGGUUCCGCCUCGACGAACGUGGCAGGCGGUUCCAAAAAGAAGGGCAAGGAGGUGAUGAUUACUCCAGACCAAAUUAGCGCGUUCCCUACCAAAAAGACUCCCGUCACCAAGGUCAAGUUUACGAGAAUGAAUCUGGUGGUGGUUGGAGGCUGCUAUGAGCCUGAAAGAUAG